CUUCCAAGCGAUUGGUUGGCGGCCAGAAAUAAUCAGUAGAAUUCACGGGUUGCUAAUAUGAACGUCGAGGAGACAGCUGUAAUUGUGUAUUUAGUUAUGCGGAAGAAGAAAAAGAGAAAUGCACGAAAAAAAUAUUGGGUGCAUCCAUUAUUACGUGAAAGACAAUCAAAAGGACUGUUUUAUACUUACUACUUUGACAUCAAAAAUUAUGAAGCCAAAUUCUUCAAUUAUAUGAGAAUGUCAAGGAGCACGUUUCAUCACCUACUGGAUGGAAUAAAAACAAAAAUAAGUGGAAGUAAUAGCCGCUUUCGUCAGUGUAUAUCACCAGAAGAAAAAUUAGUUAUUACUGUGAGAUAUUUGGCGACAGGAUGUUCUUUUGCACAUAUAAGUCAUGAUUUCCGAAUUGGAUUAACAACUACAGGAGAAAUAGUAUCGGAUGUCUGUCAAGCAAUAUGGGAAAAUAUAAAACCAAUCGCGAUUCCGCCUUUGACAAGGGAUAAGUGGAAUGAAGUAGCGGAAGGUUUUAAAAAAAACGCACAAUUCCCAAAUUGCAUCGGUGCUGUGGAUGGCAAGCACAUUAAAGUUAAAUCACCAGAGCAUUCGGGUUCACUUUAUUUCAACUACAAGCACUUUUUUUCAAUUGUAUUACUUGCAAUAUGCGAUGCAGAUUAUAAGUUUAUUUAUAUAGAUGUUGGUGCAUAUGGUAAAUGCAGUGAUUCUUAUAUUUUCAAAGAUCUGUUUUUUAUGAUAGACUUAUGAGCAAUAACUUGGACAUACCGAGUAAUAAGCCAAUCAAAGAAAACGGUCAAGCAAUGCCAUUCGUCUUGGUGGGUGAUGAGGCUUUUUCUCUGUCAGAACAUAUGAUGCGGCCAUAUGCAGGAAGAAUCUUGCCUGAUACCAAAAGAACAUUCAAUUACCGACUCUCACGUGCUCGCCGCUACAUCCAAUGUAGUUUUGGAAUAUUAGCAAGUAAAUGGCUCAUUCUACAUCAACCCCUAGCCGUUAAAAAGGAAUUUGCAGUUUCGAUUGUCAAAGCUAUAUGUGUUUUACAUAAUUUUGUGCGAGAACGAGAUGGGUAUAGAUUUGAGGACACAUUGUUUAUUCCUCAAAAUUUGUUAGAAAUAUCUCCAUGUCAUCCUUCUAGAGCAAAUAGAACAUCAUCUCAAUACAGGGACAUGUUUGCAGAUUACUUUUGUACUGAUGGUCGCUUAUCAUGGCAAUAAUAAACGAUUACUUACCCAGUUCUGCCUUUUCUUUUUCUUCCAAGCCUUCGCCGCCAAACAUAUUUGUCAGUUCUAUCCAUA